AUGCUUAUUAAAGAGUAUCGUAUACCGGUACCUAUGACCGUUGAAGAAUAUAGAAUAGCUCAAUUAUACAUGAUUGUUAAAAAAAGUCGUGAAGAAUCUAAUGGAGCUGGCAGUGGUGUAGAAAUAAUCAAAAAUGAACCGUAUGAAAAUGGACCAGGAGGAAAUGGUGGACAAUAUACUUUCAAAAUUUAUCACAUUGAACGACAUCUACCUGCUUGGUUCAAGGCAAUUAUUCCGGCGAGUGCCAUGCGUGUUGAAGAAGAAGCAUGGAAUGCUUAUCCGUACACUAAGACACGUUAUCGAUGUCCAUUUAUCGAAAAAUUUAUACUCGAAAUAGAAACAUGUUAUAAAAAUGAUUAUGGUGAACAAGAAAAUAUUUUUCAAUUAAAACCACAAGAAGUUGAACAACGUGUAGUUGAAUUUCUUGAUAUUGUUCAAAGUAGUCCGACAGCUGAUGAUACGCCAGAAGAAAAUCCAGCCGUAUUUCGUUCAGAAAAAACAGGACGUGGUCCAUUAUCUCCUGAUUGGUUUGAACAGGUGAAAAAGAAGGGCAAUAAAGAUAUUAUGUGUGCAUACAAGUUAUGUCGAGUAGAAUUUCGUUACUGGGGAAUGCAAUCCAAAUGCGAGAGAUUUAUAUGUGAAAUAGCGUUAAGAAAGACCAUACUUCGUGCACAUAGACAAGCAUGGUGUUGGCAGGAAGAAUUUCAGGGAUUAACAUUAGCAGAUAUUCGACGUUUAGAAGAUGAGGCACAACAUGAAUUGAAUCAACGUAUGGCAAAAUUUCAUAAUCGUGAUACACCAUCUGUUCUCAUUACUCCUGCUCAGUCAACGACAAUAGAAACAGAAGAAAUACCGGCUGAACUCAACAAACCAUUAUCACUGAGACGAAACAGACAAUUAUCAAUUGAUAAUCUUAAUUCAAGUCGUCCUCGAAUAAACUCAUUUCCAGUACCCGUAUUACCUCGAGAAGAACAUGAUGAUGAUGAAUUUUUUGAUGCUGAAUCUCAUAUUGAAAGUUUAACAACAUCGACUACCUAUCGUUCUUUACGUAAUACAACAGCAUCAUUAGAAGAUAUUCGUUUAAAUGAAAAAAGUACUGAAUAUGAUGCAUAUCGUUCAAGUCUUGAUGAAGAUACAAUUCAAUUGGCUUCCGCAUCAGAUAAAUGUUCAAUUGAUUUACUUAUACUCAUUUUUUAUGGUGGUAAUAUUUAUUCUACCGAAGAUACAUUCGAAAGUGCAAAAAAAACAGAUUUUUUAAGUUUUCGUUCAACAUUUGAUAAUGUUGUCAGAAAUCAUUAUCCACAUAUUGAAGAAAAAGUAGCGAUAAGAUUUGUAUCAUGUGAAGCCAUAUGUACAGAGGCUAUCAGUGUUCUCAGCAGUUUAUCACCUUAUGGUGUUUCAACCACUAAAGAUAUGGUUUAUAAUGAAAAUUUACCAUUACAUGCUAUUCCACUAUUCGCCACAUCAAAUCCCUAUUAUCAUUCAAAAUUAAGUAAUACUGUUGGAACUGCUAAUAAAGUUUAUAAUGAGUUUGUAACAUCUAAAGAAGGAAAAAAUUUUUGUGGACAGAUUGUCGUUAUUGGUGAUUCUAAUGGUGCGAUACUAGCAUACGAUGCAAUGUGUCUAAAUCGUAAUUUAGAUGAUAAUACAUCGUUGUAUGGUGACGAUUCUAGUACUCCUCGAACACCGGGAACUCAAAAGAAAUUAAGUAAUCCUGCUGAUGGUGAUACAGUUUCAAUUUAUUCAUCAACAAAAUAUAGUAGUCCAACAAAAAAUGAAAAUUCGGAUAGCAUAUCACGAUCGGGCGAUAAUAGUCGUUAUGCACUCACAUUAGCAUUUGAUGUCAAUGAAUUUUUUUCCUUUGGUUCACCAUUAUCUCUGAUAUUGGCUUACAGAUGUUUAUUAACAAGCAGUCUGGUAAAACCAUAUUGUGGCCAAUUGUACAAUUUGUUUCAUGCAUGUGAUCCGAAUGCAGCUCGUAUCGAACCAUUAAUAUUGGCUGAAUUUGCUGAAAUACAACCAUGUUUUAUUCCAAGAUAUUCACAGUAUCCAAUGGGUGAUGGAGAAUCAACACUAUUAGUCGAAUAUGUUCAUCGACAUUCGAAUUUAUUUUUGAAAAAUCAAAAAAAUAAUUCAAAUACUGUUAUGCCAACAUUUACACGUUUAGUUAAUACAACUCGUGGUUCGAAUGAAGCGGAUAUAAAUGCUGAUACUGUAUUUUCAAACAUUCGUCGUGAAUGGUGGGGAAGUCGACGGAUAGAUUAUAUUUUGUACUGUCCAGAAUCUUUAAUGAGUCAACCGGCGCAUAUAUUGCCGAUUGUAUUUCAUUCUAGUUAUUGGGAAUCUCGCGAUGUUAUUGCAUUUAUUUUAAGAAAUAUUAUUCGUACCGAACGCAAUGUUCCAUUUGGUUGCGAUUCCGCCACUCAUCGAUCAUUUGCUCCAGACCAAGCGACCGAAAAAUGGCUACAUCGUACAACGGCUGUUAAGAUAAGAAAUUUAGCUCCGAACCAUCGUGCAAAUGAUACAAUGGUAGUUGAUCAUAAACCACAAAUAAUUUCAGCCAAAUUUCAUUAUGGACCAAUCGAUAUGGUUUGCUUAGGAAAUGAAAAGGUCGAUAUUUAUGUGAUGCGAUCAGCACCCUAUGGUGAAUGGUUAUUAUUGAAUACAAGUGAAACCGAUACACAUGGUCGAAUUCGAUAUAGGAUACCGGAUGAUAAGAAACUGCCAUUAGGAAUGCAUCCGGUGAAACUUGUUGUGAGAGGUGAUCAUACAUCAAUCGAUCUAUAUUUAACCGUGCUGCCUCCUAACAGCGAAGCUGUUGUAUUCAGUAUUGAUGGCUCAUUUACGGCCUCAUUUUCUGUUAGUGCAAGUGAUCCAAAAGUGCGUCCAGGAGCAGUUGAUGUGGUCAGACAUUGGCAAGAACUUGGCUAUAUUAUUAUUUACAUAACCGCUCGUCCAGAUAUUCAACAACAUAAAGUUGUACAUUGGCUUGCUCAGCAUAAUUUUCCUCAUGGAAUGACAUUGUUCAAUGAUGGUUUAUCACGAGAACCGAUUAAAAAUAAGGCUGAAAUGUUGCGUUCAGUCGUUGAAUCUUCAGAGUUAACGGUUGUGGCUGCCUAUGGUUCUUCCAAGGAUGUUUACGUCUAUCAAUCUUGUAGAGUUCCUCCUGAUCGUACAUUUGUUAUUGGAAAAUUUAAGAGUCGUUUACAAAAUCAAGCACGAUUUUUAGUUGAUGGUUAUGCAUUACAUUUAGCUGAACUAACAAAACCAGGUGUAUGUCGACCGUCACGAUCAAAUGCACGUUAUAUUGUUCGUAAAGCAUGCUUCAAUUUACCAAAACUUUCAUCUUUAACUAAUCACGAAUCUACACCACCGCUUGUAUCACCGUCUUCCCAUUCUUCUUCAUUACCAUUACAUUUGGCUUCCAAUUCGCCAUCAUUACCAUCUCCUGACGCACCGAUCUCCUCUCGAAAAACGAUGUUAAAUGACAACACUGACUAUAAAAAAAGUCCAUUACAAAAUAUAAGACCAAUGUCAAACUCAAAAGAAGCGCCAUGUCGAGGAGUUUCACCACGUCUACGAACCACACCAAAAAUGUAUGAUCCGAAACUAUUUCGUCGUGCACAUUUAGCAAAACAUCAAGCUUAUUGUCCUUACAGUAAUUUCAGAGUUGGUGCUGCACUUUUAGCAUCUGAUGGAACGACAAUCUAUUCAGGAUGUAAUAUAGAAAAUUGUGCAUAUCCUUUAGCAACAUGUGCUGAAAGAACAGCUGUUUGUAAAGCUGUUUCCGAAGGUGUCAGAUCUUUUCGUGCAAUAGCAGUUACAUCUGAUGUUGAAAGGGGUUUUACAAGACCUUGUGGUAGCUGUCGUCAAGUGUUAGCUGAAUUCGGUCCGAAUAUUGAAAUUUAUUUGAUUUAUUUUUCAAAAAAAAUGUUAGACUAUGAAUAUAUACAACGAUCUAGUGAAAGUCUAACAAAAGAGAACGAGGAUGCAUUACAUUAUUUUUCAAUAUCAUCUUCAACGGAUAAUUAUGUGUCAGAUAUUGCAGCUAAACCUGAUGUUACACUUUUAUGUGAUUAUUGUAAAUGUUUUUUGAAAGCCAAUGAAUUACCGUCACAUAAUGCAUAUCAUGCAGCAUUACAAUUAUUUAAGUUUAAAGAAACACCAACAAAUAUGGAUAUUUUAGUAAAACGAAGAGAAUUACUUAUUCAACGUAUGCAUCGUCUGAAUCCAAAGGAAUCUUAUAUGAAGUUUGUUAAAUUAAUCGAUGAAGCAUUUGAUAUUCUAAAACGAAAUAUUGAACACUAUUAUUAUGGUCUAUGGACAAGUGAAAAUCGAGAUAUUAAACUAGUUCAAGGAUUAAGUUUUACGCCUCGUAAUCGUGUAUUGAUUAGUGUAGGAAUGUGCAGUAUCCAAAAUCGUCAAUAUAAAGCAGAAAUGGAAGAUUCAAUGCGUUUCAUUGAUUGUUAUGGCGGGAAUGAACGAUUUGUCUAUUUGGGUAUGUUUGACGGUUAUAAUGGAAAAAAUGCAAGUAAUAUGUGUCGAGAAUAUAUGCAUGAUGCUAUUUUGUGCGAUUUAUCCAAGUUUGAAAACGAUUUAAUGACUAUCGAUAAAAAAUGUGAAGAAAGUCUAAUUAAUCGAUUAUAUUCAAGAUUAUUACCUGCGGUCGAUUUUAAAAAUAUGAAUUAUUCUGAUACAUUUCGUUUGGCUCAUUCGAAAAUGGAUUAUUUGUUAUCGAGAGGAAGAAAUGAACAGUCGAAUGUUCGAUGGAGUGGAUGUAGCUCAUUGACAGCUGUCAUUAAAACAACAGAUAAAAUCGAUGAAUUAACCAUUGAAAAUGACGAUCUAGAUGAAAAUUUGAUAUUAGGUCAAAUACAUAUAGCCAAUUGUGGCAAUGUUGAGGCACUUGGUGUACGCGCCGGUGAUGCAUUUUUACUUACUCAAAAACAUACAUUAAAAUCAAAACGAGAAAAAGAACGUGUUGGUUUAACAAAUGUUUGGAUUGGUGAAAAUGACUUGAUUGCUGGUAUUAUAGAAACGAGUCGUGGAUUAGGAAAUCAUGGUGAUAAAGAACUCAAAGAAUCUGUAAUAAAUCAACCAUACACAUGGACGUAUAAUAUUGAUCAAAAUUUGGAAGCUAUUAUUUUUGGAACGGAAGGUCUUUGGAAUGCAUUAACGUAUGAAACCGUGGUUGAUCUUGUUACUCAAUGUCUACCUGCACAUCAUUUGCCUGCACCAAGUCGUUUACAAACUGCCUUACGUUCGGUGUUAGAACACUACAAGACAACUCCUGUCACAUUUAUGACACAAACCCACACUUAUGAUAGAUUUUCUAGUCAAUUUCCAGCGACAUCGGCUAAUACAGAUGAUGAUGAUAUUAGUGAUGUGACACAGUGUAUAAGUGAUCUGAUAUCAAUAUUAGAAGAACAAAAUUCUAAAUGCCGUGACGCUGGUGUUCAAUGCUCAGAAGAAGAUAUUCAACAGGUCAUUUGGGAUAGUUUAUCAUCUCAAAGUCGAUUACGUUUAGAAGUGGCACAAGCAAUUAGUGAACGAUUGGUGUCAGCCGCACUUAUGGCUGGUUCAAAAACAAACAUAAGCGUCAUCUGUUUGUUGUUACCUGGUGCUGCCAUUUGA